CCUCCAUUCUCAGCCACGCCGAGUCGCCGACGUUUUUCUUCCACCGGCGACACCUUUUUUUUGUUGGUACACUUCUUCUUCUCUUCUCCUACUUUUGUAGAUUCAGAUAUCAAACUAAACUUGGAUUGAUAUUCCAAAGUGGGGAAGUUGCGUUGUAGAAAGCCUGCAUCAAAUAGACCCAUGGUCGUAGGACUAUACAUAAUACAUAUACUUUGAAUCUUAGCUUUGAUUGCAAAAAAAAAUCGGCUUCACCGUGUGACCGUCGAAUCAAUGAACCUCUCCGUCGCCGUCGUCAAAGCCAAGAACUCUACUCUCAUCUCUUGGAUGCGAUUAUCGUCCUUUUCCUCCGCCGCGUCGUCGACAGUCUCCCUGAAUCCAAUUGGACGAUUACAGCAAACUCUCGCGGGAUGUGUGGAGGUGAAAGGGAAGUCUCUGCAUUCCGGUAAGCUUUCGACGGUGAAGCUACUUCCGGAGAUCGCCGGAGCUGGGAGGUACUUUGACUUUCGGUCCAGAUCCAUCCCCGCGUCGAUUGAAUUUGCUCAGGAAUCGCCUCUUUGCACUACGCUGUUGAAAGACGGGCUCAAAAUCCGAACCGUUGAACACUUGUUAUCAACUCUUGAGGCCAAGGGCGUUGAUAAUUGCAGGAUUCGAAUCGAUAGCGAACAUGCAGAUGAUCAAGAAGUCGAGGUCCCUAUUUUUGAUGGAUCAGCUAAAGAAUGGGUUGAUGCAAUUGAAGAAGUUGGGAUAAACGUGGCUCAAAACCAUGUUGGUGAAAGUGUGGAGAAGAUGGUAGCACAUCUGAACAAGCCUGUGCACGUUUGGAAGAAUGAUUCUUUCGUAGCUGCAUAUCCCGCUCUAGAGACUCGGAUCACUUGUGGUAUCGACUUCCCACAGGUGCCUGCUAUAGGCUGCCAGUGGUUUUCUUGGAAACCUCUACACGAAUCUUCAUAUGCAAAGGAUAUCGCACCAUCGAGAACCUUUUGUGUCUAUGAAGAGGUGGAGAAAAUGCGUGAAGCAGGGCUAAUUAAAGGAGGUUCUUUGGAUAACGCUAUAGUUUGUAGCGCCGAGCAUGGAUGGAUGAACCCUCCUCUGCGGUUUGACAAUGAAGCUUGUCGACAUAAGAUCCUAGACCUUAUCGGUGACCUCUCCCUUGUAGCACGAGGCGGAAAUGGAGGACUCCCUGUGGCUCACAUAGUCGCAUUUAAGGCGGGUCAUGCACUGCACACUGACUUGGCACGUCGUCUCAACAUGGACUGAAGAGUGUGCUCAUUGCCAACCACAUUACGUAGAAGCCUUAUCCUGGUUUUUUUUUGUUUUUGUUUCUUUAUCCAAAGACCGUACCAAUAUGUGGAAUUUUUUUUUUUUUUGCUCAAUCGAUUCUUUUGCUCUGAAUACACUAAUUGUUAAAACAUUAAACUGAGUGUUGUAAACAAGUAUUCAUAGAU